GGUAGGCGCGGUGUGUAUGAGAGCGGCGGCGGGGGCGGGGCCCGGACCGAGUGCAGCGGCGGCCGGCGGCAGGGCGGGCGGGCGGCGGCUCCGGCGAUGGCAGACCGAGAGCAGCUGGUGCAGCGGGCCCGGCUGGCCGAGCAGGCCGAGCGCUACGAUGACAUGGCGGCGGCUAUGAAGUCGGUAACAGAGCUGAAUGAGGCACUGUCCAAUGAAGAUCGCAACCUGCUUUCUGUGGCCUAUAAGAAUGUGGUGGGGGCCCGCAGGUCUUCCUGGCGGGUGAUCAGCAGCAUCGAGCAGAAGACGUCUGCUGACAGCAAUGAGAAGAAGCUGGAGAUGGUGCGUGCCUACCGGGAGAAGGUGGAGAAGGAGCUGGAGGUGGUGUGUAGCGAUGUGCUGGCCCUGCUUGACAAAUUCCUCAUUAAGAACUGCAACGAGUCCCAGGUAGAGAGCAAAGUCUUUUACUUGAAAAUGAAGGGCGACUACUACCGCUAUCUGGCUGAGGUGGCCACUGGCGAGAAGAGGGCCAGUGUGGUGGAAUUGUCUGAGGCUGCUUACAAAGAGGCCUUUGAGGUCAGCAAGGAUCAGAUGCAGCCUACCCAUCCCAUCCGCCUGGGCUUGGCCCUCAACUUCUCUGUCUUCUAUUAUGAAAUCCAGAAUGCCCCUGAGCAGGCUUGUCAGCUGGCCAAGGCAGCUUUUGAUGAUGCCAUCGCUGAACUGGACACUCUAAAUGAGGGUUCCUACCAGGACUCGACACUCAUCAUGCAGUUACUACGGGACAACCUCACCCUCUGGACAACUGACCAGCAGGAUGAUGAAGCGGGAGAAGGCAACAACUGAUGUUCUUCCCCACCCACCCCUCACCUGCCCUUCCAUCUCCUCCUUCCCUGCCUUGCCCACCCACCAUAUGCGCUAUAUACCCUAGUGCUGAUAUAUCUACUGUACACACUCCCCUAAGUCUGCUGUAUGCUCAUCAGAGAAGGAAAGACUACAUGAAGUCUCUGGCUGUAUUGGUAUUUAAGCCCAUUUGCUGUAGUUUGCACUUCAGAAUCAUGCAAAAAGUUCUUGGAUCUAUUUUCCCACAAAUCAUUAAAGUUUUUGGUUUUUUAACAAGUCUGGGUGGUUUUUGGAACUAGCAGCCCCCACUGCUAGUUCCAAAAAAACAAUGCUUAGUGGUUUAAUCACUAAUUUACAUCAGUGAUGACCCAGACAUCAUGACGUCUCUCCUCAUGACCAAUCAUCCCUUGCAUGUGGAAAUUACAGUAUCCCUGUUGGUCAUUUUAACUCCAGCACCUUGUCAAUUUGACCUUUCCUGGAAUUGACUGUAUUGUACUGUUUACAUUAUAGGUUGCUCAUUUUAGCCAAUAAAUAUUUCAUCCUUGUGCUAAAUUUGUAUAAAGCUAGGAGGAUUGGCUUUUCUGUUGCUGAAUAUUCAUAUUUGGCUAUUUUAAUUUAUGGUGCCCUAUGAUGAACACGGAUCUUGGGUAAUGCAUUGCAUCUGCUUAAAUAUUUUUUGAUACUUUUGUCAGAUGUCUGUUUGUACCUAAUUAAAUUCUUCUGUAAAACAUCAGCUUUACCAAUCAGUUCUCAAGCUGGUUUCAUUAAGCUUGGAGGAUUGUCAGAGAAAGCAUUGGGGAAAAUAAAUGAUAUCUGAUGGAAUGCCAAACUUUAAUUCAAUGUUGAGUUAAAUGGAUGACAAUAAAUGCUGCCUCAGCUAUAACAUGGA